AACAUGCAAAAUACUCUCUUAAUAUCAAUAACUUGUAAUAUAAGAUUAGAUUUAAAAAAAAUACGGACAUGUUGUCAACAUUUAGGUUUAUCAAAGAUAAUUCAGAAAAUCCCCAAACAAAAGGGCAGGGCCCCCACCAUCCCGAGAUCCCGACGACGCCCCUGCGCAGUACAGACUUCAACUCCCAUCGGCCUUUGCGGUUCUUGCACGUGCAGAAGGCAGAAUCAUGUCGGUCUUCAUGGACCUAAACCUGAUGUUUUCGGCGGACAGGAGCCGAAUCAGCAAACUGUUGGAGACGGCGGCUCACCUGGGUUUCUCCACCGUCGCCAUCAACUACGUGUUCGAACCGACAGCCAAGCAGAAGCAGGAGAUUCCUGUUCCUAAACCAAUCAAUGAGCUGAUUGAUCAGCUGCCCGUCGUCCAGGGUCGUUCCCGCCCCAUCAGAGUGCUGAACAGGCUGACUGUGGUGGUGUCUGACCCGGGUCACUAUAGGCCCAACGCGCCGGAGUAUCGGCGCUUUGACCUCCUGGCGGUCCAGCCCACGUCGGAGAAGCUGUUCCAUGCGGCCUGCAUGCUGUACGACAUCGACGUCAUCUGCGUCUCCGUCACCGAGAAGCUUCCUUUUUUCUUCAAGAGAGCGCCGGUCAACGGGGCCAUCGACAGAGGAGUCGUGUUCGAGGUGUCGUACGCCGCCGCCAUCAGAGACUCCACCAUGAGGCGCUACACCAUCGCCAACGCCGCCGGUCUGAUGGAGAGCUGCAAAGGGAAGAACGUGAUCCUGUCCAGCGCCGCAGAGAAG